CAGCAAGGUUUGCCGUUCCAUAACAAAGUCCAGACGAGAAUAGUUAAUUGCCACUCGGCAAUGUCAGAGAGAGGAACAGAUAAACGCUACACAUCAGCUCUAAGUAAUACACAAAAAGCAAACAUUGUAAAAUAAAUAAGCAGUGAAAAAGAAGGUACAGAGAGACGAGAAAACAUUAUAUAUCUCUCUAUUCGAUUUGGGCUUUGACUAUAUAUCUUUCUCUCCCUCUAUCAGUUGAGAACCCCAGACCUCUUUCCGUCUUCAACAAGGUGUCUGUCUGGUAAGAGGAAAAUGGGAAGCACUGGUGCUGAUAAAAUUCCGGUAGAUGUAGAUACUGAAACUGAAGGUUCUGAGACUACAAUAGAAAUAAAAAUAAAAACUUUGGAUUCCCACACUUAUACUAUGAGAGUGAAUAAACAGAUGCCAGUUCCUGCACUAAAAGCACAGAUUGCUUCUAUAACUGGUGUGUUAUCAGAGCAACAGCGACUAAUCUGUCGUGGAAGAGUUCUAAAAGAUGACGAACUACUUUCUGCAUACCAUGUCGAGGAUGGUCACACCUUGCACCUGGUGGUCAGGCAGCCUAUUCCACCGUCAUCCGAUGGCUUACCUCAUCAUUCAGAUGAUCCUGGAUUAGGUACAAGUCAUAGUAAUCAUGUCCCAAGUGUUCUAAUAGAAACGUUUAAUGUGCCUGAUCAAGGGGAUGAAUUUACUACUGAAAUGGCUUUGCGGAUCGUCCGAGACUUUCUUAGCUCUAUGGGAGUUGCAAAUUCGGGAAGUGGAAAUAUUGGGGGUGAUGUCAGGGAACAUGGUUCACAAAGACACGGAAGAAGUUCCAGUAGUGGCAUACGAGAAUCAUCCCAGGGUCAAACUGAACAAGCUAGCAUGAGGAAUCAAUCUGAUAGAUUACACACUGCUUUUGGACUUCCAGCAGCAGUUUCCUUGGGGCCUACGCAACCUCCUGUAAUUCCCGAUUCUCUGUCUACUUUGUCUCAAUAUCUUAGUCAUAUAAAGAAUGAAUUUGAUGGCAUUGUUCGAGUCGGGGGAAAUAAUCCUCAGACAGCUUCUGCGAGGAGUGGAGAUAGAGAUUCUUUUCCUGCAUCAAAUUCAGGGACUAUAAGGGAAGGUCUUCCAACACCUGAAUCAUUGACCGAAGUGUUGCUCUCUACCAGGCAAAUGCUCAUCGAUCAAGCUGGAGAACGUAUACAACAACUUGCAAGGCAACUGGAGGAUCAAGCUAUUGUGACUGACGCCUCAGCACAAACGAAUGUGCAGUCCAAUGCCUGGAGAACUGGAACUCUGCUACAAAGCGUAGGCUCACUUUUGCUUGAGCUCGGUCGUACAACCAUGACACUUCGCUUAGGUCAAACACCUUCUGAAGCUGUUGUUAAUGCUGGACCUGCAUUUUUCAUAACCCCUACUGGUCCACUCCCGCUCAUGGUUCAGGCUCUUCCUUUUCAACCAGGAACUAGCUUAGGUACCAUCCCCAUGGGAACUGUACAGCCGGGUUCUGGUGUGAUUAAUGGACUUGGGACGGGGUUUCUUCCUAGGCGUAUUGAUAUACAAAUACGAAGAGGUUCAACGACUUCAACACCCAAUGUUCGACAAGAACAUCAUGAUACGUCACAACAAUCGGGCCAAAGGAACCCAUCAAUGGGUUCUGGCAGUGAGAAUCAUAGCACUCAAACAACUUCAAGGGUCUCAGAUGCUCCUUCAGGAGUGAGGGUAGUGCCUAUUAGGACCAUGGUUGCAGCUGUACCUGCCCCUUUGGGUCGUGUACCAUCAGAUUCUUCCAGUAAUUCUGGGGGAUUAUUCUACCCAUUGCUCGGAAGGUUCCAGCAUGUCUCUCCUGGACAUUUGAGUGGUGAACGGGGAUCUCAAUCCGAGCAGCAUCCUGUUCCUGAAUCUGCAGUGCAACAUCAAAGUUCAGAAGAGUCUGCAAGAGAUGGGUCAUUACCAAAUGCUAACUCAAGACAACAGGAGCGGUCGAAUACACGCAGUGCCAGCAGAACUCAAAACAACCAAGAGUCCGAGAGGCCAAUUCCUAGUAGUAUUCUUCAGUUUUUAAGAGACUUUUUCCCUGGUGGUGAAAUCCAGGUAGAGGAAACUACUUUACAAGGAACAGCAACCGAUACGGUCCUGGAGCAAUCAGGAACAUCCCGUGAUAGCGCAGCACCUGAGCCAUGUAUCACUGAUGAAGGGGUGUUUUUAUCUAAUCUGCUUCAUCAGAUUCUGCCAUACAUAUCUCAGCAUGCGGGAUUGCAACAAAGUGCCGCGUCUACAGAAGAAGCAAAUAGAUCCACUCAGGCUGAGAGCUCUAGGACCGGGAAUUCACGUAGACCUAGCAACUCCGAACCAAACCCACCAAGCUCAAAGCGUCAGAAGGUGAGUCGGAACUGCAUGUUCGAUGUAACGACGAGUCUCAGAACACAGUUUACGGCAAUUCCAGAUGUUUAGUAUUUCUUGAUCAUCACGUUACCAAUUAA